GAUUUAUAUUUGAGAUUAAGGUGUAUAAGGAAUUAAAACAUGCCGGUGUGGCCAAAAAUUAAGCACCCAAUGCUAUAGAGAUUGCCAACAUGGAUCAAACUUUUGCAAGCUAUACAAUCAUCUGGUGUGAUGUCUUAGAGAUGCAGGGUGUAUUGGAGAAAAUGCUUCAUCCGAUAAGGAAUGAGAUUGAGAUAAUUUCCUAGUUUUUUCAUGCAUAGUAAUAUUCUCUAGAAGUUCAUCUGGCUUGUAUGCUUGACAAGCAAGAGCUCACUUUGUAGUGGCGUAUCAAUCAGAGGCCUUGAGCAGGAUGAUCAGAGCUAACUUUGUUGCCAGAUGGCUCAGACUCGCACCUCUGCAACUUGAUCAACACGUUUGCUUGCACUUAUUGUUUGUUCUUGUUGUCUAUGCACUUACUGUAUGCUUAGAUAAUUUUGAUCGCUGCACAAGGAAAAUUAGAGAGGUUUGAAUUUGUAGGUUAUGAUCAUGUAGCUUUGGUCCAUAGUUUAAUUAGUAACAUGUGAUGGAGAACACCUCAAUAAUGCCAGGGUAUUUGUUUUGUGUUGGUUGACAGAAGUAGGCACACAUUGCAAACUUCAUGGGGUGGACCGAAAUUGAGGAGAUUGGCGCACCCAAUCAUGUGUUAAAAAGGAAUGUUAGGAUUUGAUCUUGAGAAUUCCAAUUGGUUCAGCAAAACCUAAUCGGUAUUGAUUAAAUCUGCACCAUACUAGUAUAUGUCCAAUUUCCUCAAGAGCUGCAUUCUCCAUCAGGUUUAACCCUAGGAGGAAGUUGCCAGACUGAAAAAAUACUGUUGCUACCCCCAUCCUGAGUACAACGCCUGUGAGUCUUGGCUUAUGGAGUGAUGCUGAGUAUUGUGUGUCAGCAGAAUUUGGUAGAAAUUUGGUGGCAAUACUGUUGCUACCCCCAUCCUGAAUGCAACUCCUGUGAUGCUUGGUUUAUGGAGUGAUGCUGAGUAUUGUAUGUCACCAGAAUUUGGUGGCAAAGUGUUAAGCUGGUGUUUUAUAUGAAAAUUAUUAGGCUCUUUGCCUAGUAUUCUUGUUCCGGAAAAAAGAGGAUCGUGACAGAAAUCCGACUCGUAGUCAGAGGUCUGAGUUCCGAACAUAAUCUGGCAAAGGGGGGAUAUUUUUGGUAGAAUGUUAAAGGGGGAUUUGAAAUGUUGUAAGCAAUUGUGGUGAAUCAAUCGUAUAUAAGUGCAGAAGGAAUUUGGAUAAUUUGAAAAGAAUUGUAAAUUGAUCUAUGCAAAAGUAAUGAAAUUUAUAUUAAUUCACUAGCUUUAACAGACUCUGUUGCUGCCCAGCGCUAUUUUAAUAUAAAUUUGAAUCAUAUAUUGCUCCUAGAUAAAUUUAGAUAAAAUCUAAGCUUCCUGAUUCUUGUCAUGUUCAUCGCUUGGGAUUAAGAGCAGCAUGUACAAGGUGUCCCAGCAAGCGAAAUAGCAGUCACCCUUGUUGAUACUGGACCAUUUAUGAUGUAAUGAGCUCCAUCAAAAGGAUGGUCAGGAUGACAUCUUAGCCGCAUAUGGACGCCCGAGGCUGAAAUGCAAUAUUAGCCAUUGGGUUGUGGGCAAUAAUGGAUGAUAUCCAUCCGACCUCCAAUUCCGGAAGAAAGGAUCGACUCCGUUUUGCUUACCCUCGUUGCUAGUUUAUAAUGUCGGCCUCCAAUCUCCUCAAACUCCAUACUCCUCAAACUACUCUCAGAUCCCCACCUCCAUUCCCAAGCUUCAAGACCCUUCUCUCUCCAUCUCAUUCCAUUCCUCAUACACAACACCCUCACCUCCCUCUCUCACAAAAGCCUUUACGCAGACUGACUACCAGCUCUUUUCCCCCAGCCCAAGAGCUCUCUUCCUCCUCCUACUCCCCACCCUUCACCAAAGAAGAAGCCAUCUCCCAGGCCAAGACCUGCCUCUCCACCACCUUGCAGAAGCCCCUCAGCAACCCGCUCCCCCUCCCAACCAGAAAGCUAAAGAAGCAGCGCCAGCCCAGGUACCGAGUCGAGAUUCCGGUCCUCGAUGAGUCGUCCGACUCAGUCACCCAACUCGCCUUCGACUUCUUCUCAGACUUUCCCGUCGUCACCAAAAAGGGCUGCAAACCAAAGAUACUGAUCCUCUGGUCCACUCCAAAGCUAGCCGAGUUCGCCCAACGGGCUUUCAACUCGGCCGACUCGGUCAUCAACUCGGACUUGGGUUCUGUUACUUCUGAAGUCCUGAGUUCUGGCGACUUGGCGGUGUUUCUGGCGCCGGAGGCGUCCCAGGUGGAGGAAAUAAAAACGGUCACUAACGGUCUGAAUCCCAAACCCGUGGUGCUGUUCAACCCCAGGUGGGGGUUUGAGGAGGAGAAGGAUUUCCAUGGGGGGAUGGGGAGCUUCCUCGGGUCAUUCGACGUGGUGUAUUCGUUCAUGGGAUUGGAGGUGAAAGGAGUUCUCAGCAAAAGGAGGGGUGUGGUGUUCAAGUGUGUGAGGGAUGGGGUGUUGAGUGGGGAAGGGUGGGCGGUGAUGGUGGAGGAGGAAGGGAAGAGGGGGGAGUUGAAGGUGGUUUCGAGGUUUAGGAGGCGGCCGUCCAUCGGGGAGGUGGAGAGCGUUCUGUAUAAUCUCAUGGCUGCCAAUUCUCUUGUGACUAAGUCCGUCAAGUUUCUUAGAGAUUUGGCAUCAAAUGUGACGGGAAAGAAGGCAAGGCAGUGAGUUUUUUUUUUUUCUUUGAAGUAUCAUGCAAGGUGUUUGGUUGUUUGCCAGAGUGACUGACAUUUUGCACUCACGCAUGGCCAAUCUCGAUAUAGGAUUUCUAAUGCGUGUGGAUUUAUGAUUGUUUUGUUUAUGUAUUCAUAUUUGUAUGUUCUAUUAUGGGUUUCAGAGUAGGGAAACGAUCGGAUCCUGCUAAAUUUGACUGCAA